GGCGGGGCUCCGUGAGCCGGAAGCACUACAGACAGGGCGGCCAUGGCGUUGCAGCGGCUGCUGCUCCGGUACCGGGACUUCGUGCUGGGCAGCCCGGCGGGGGCGGCGCAGCUGGAGGGCGGCGUCCGCACCGCCUCCUACCUCAUCGCCGGCCGAUUUGCUGAUUCGCAUGAACUCUCCGAGCUGGUGUAUUCUGUCUCGAAUCUGCUUGUGCUGUUGAACGAUGGGAUAUUGAGGAAGGGGAUCCCUCAGUCGCUGCUAAUGCCUGUGCCCCAGCAGCGGUUGAUGACAUGGCUGACAGUGCUGGAGCACGUGGAGGUUUUCAUGGAGAUGUGCUCGGCCAAGCUGAGGGGCGAGGGCUGCCGCUGGCUCGUGAUCGUCCUCAUCCAGCUCUGCAAAGCGGUGCUGAGGGUUAUGCUGCUGCUCUGGUACAAGGCUGGGAUCCAGACAUCGCCGCCCAUCGCACCGCUCAACAGGGAGAAACACGUGUGCAGCGAGGCCCGUGAUGGACAUCCCAGUGGUGAAUCUGAAGACUCCCAGUGUUGCUGUGCUACCUUCGUUGGCCAUCGAUCACGGAGGGUGGUGCGGACCCUUGAACGCACUCCAACAUUGCAUUUCCGUCGUUGGGGAGUUCCGGAAGAGGAGAAGCACCGACAUUCGCAUGGAGACCGGCAUCUCCCGACAGUCCUCGGAAGGCAGGAGAUGAUGGCUGAGGCUCUGUACAUAGCCCGACCUCUGGUGCACUUGGUGACGAUGUGUAUUUGUGGACGGGGAUCGUGGAAGCCGUGGCUAGUGUCUGGAAUCCUCGAUGUAACAAGCUUGAGUUUGCUGAAAGAAGCCAAGGCGAUGGCGACUGGAGAGCGGGCUGAGCUUCGCCGCAGGACCUUCAUGCUGCUGUACUACCUGCUGCGGUCGCCUUUCUACGACCGCUAUUCUGAGGCCGUGAUCCUGUUUCUGCUCCGGCUGCUUGCUGACCACAUCCCUGGAAUAGGACUGGUGGCUCGUCCACUGAUGGAUUAUUUACCAGCCUGGCAGAAGGUUUACUUUUACAAUUGGGGCUAGGCUGGAAGUUAAACGAUACUGUACUCUUCAUGAACAUCUUGUGCUUGGAAAGCAUCCUGCCAAGCCUGCCUUCAGAAGCUCCUGGUUAAUGGUGUGUUGUCCCGUAGCCGUGGGACACGAGCUCGCCCUGUCCGUCAGUCGCUGGUGCCCCCUGUGGCUGCGGCUGUGUCCGACUACUCACAACCUGACCACGACUGUGUUGGAGACCAGGCCGAUGGAACCGGAAGCUCACAGGCGAACAGUCACCGCGUCUUCGUGAUGGAGGGUGCGCUAGCCGACUGUGACUGUCCACUGGAACCUCGCUGGCAACAACAGUGACUCCAGGACCAGCCCAGGUUCCAGCAAUAACCACCAGGGAGGUCCAGCGGCUGCUCACAACAGUCAGAUACCCUCAUUGUGCCAGUGCCCAGCUGACAGUUGCAGAAUGACAGAAUGGUCACCACUUAGCAGGAGACCAUUUGGCCUAUUGUGUCUGUACUGGCCCCACGUAAGCAGUCGGGGCAGUCGCUCUCCCGCCCGGCUGCCUUGUCGCAGUCCCUGCCCCAACCACACGGUGGAAGACCCAUAGUAUUCCUCCAUUCACUUUGGUUCAUUUUACCAGGGACUCAACCAGUAUUCUUCUAAUCUUCACCAUGAUUUGCAAAACGAGCUUCGAACCAUUUUCUCAACAGCGAGACGGAGCCUGGCUUGCAGUCUGUAUAGAGUGGACCAGUACAGUGACUGUGCAACCCACAGUCACACUGGCUAAGCAGCCGCACAAAAUGAUUGAAGAUAAGUUAUCUACUGUAUCCAAGACCAGCUCUCUCUCUACCUCUCUCCUCUGAGUUGCACAUUAAACCCCAAGGUUGUUCAA